UCAGCUCUUUAAAAUAAACAACUUCUUCUGCCAGUGGUAUCCAUAGUUCUUGAAACCCUACCAGCUGCAAUCCAGUUCAUAUUUCCUAAUAUUAGAACACACGUUGCCCCCCAUCCCAGCCCCCCCACCAACAAGACCCACUGAUAAGCACACAAAAACAACACAAAGCCUGCCUGGUGGCAGGCAAAAGUCGCAAGUCGCAUUUUGUGUCACGAUGACCGGCAUCCAUCUUGACGGAGGUCCCACCUUCGCUGGUGCUCUGAGAAUGGGCCGGCCUUUUUUUGGGCAUGAACAAUGAGCCGUGGCCCCGCUGACAGCCCGCGCCAUGGCGGCCCGGGUGAGCUCACGCUCUCUUUUUGCGAAAUCUAUCCUGUUGACUCCCGCUUCCCAAAAAAGAAACAGCAUCAUGGGCGGAGGCAUUGUUCCCCGUCUGCCCGUUGAUCUCCCGACACUCCUCCCCUCCCCCUUUUUAAAAGGCCUGCCCCGCCAGCUGAGGCGAUUAGACAAACCCUGGCCGCUGACUCGCCUCCCGUUUCACCCCCUUUUGUGCGAGCUCACGGUCGAGAGGACCAGAGAAACGGUCAUGAGCAUGUUUGGCUACCGUAAGGAGCUGGACAAGUAUGAGGACGUGGACGAGGACGAGCUGCUCGCCUCGCUGACGGCAGAGGAGCUAGAGGAGCUGGAGAAGGAGCUGACGGACAUCGAUCCCGACGCCAACGUCCCUAUCGGACUGCGGCAGAGGGACCAGACCGCCAAGACGCCAACGGGCACCUUCAGCAGAGAGGCCCUGCUGAAGUACUGGGAGAACGAGACCCGCAAACUCCUGGAGGAGGAGAGGUCGGGGUCGAGCCCAAAACAGGAAAAUGACACACAGGAGGACACUGAUAAGGACCUAGAAAGUGUGACUGAGAGCAACAGUGAGGUCUCAGAAGAAGAGGACAGCGAGGAACAGGAGGAGGAUGAGGAGGAGGAAGAAGAAGAAGAGAGUGAGGAAGAAGAAGAGGAAGAAGAAGAGGAGGAAGAGGCUGUUACCGAGGAGGAAGAUGAGCAAGAACGUGAAGAAGAACCAAAAAGAGCAAAUUUGAGCAGCUCCAGUCCAGUGAACAGUCAGAACCUCUGCACGGGCCUGCCAAAAUACAAUGGCAGUGAAGAGGGUGUUAAAAAAGGGCAACCCACCGGCAAUGGAGACGCUGACCUCAAAGUGACCCCCAGCAGGCCCUGCGGGAACCCCACCGUGAUCGAUGAGGCCCUGGAGAAGAUCCUGAGCAACGACCCCGAAAUGACCGAAGUCAACCUGAACAACAUCGAGAACGUCUCCCAGGAGACGCUCAUCAGCUUCGCCGACGCCCUGCGCUCCAACACGCACGUGCGGGUCUUCAGCCUGGCCAACACGCGAGCCGACGACCAGGUGGCCUACGCCAUCGCCAGGAUGCUCCGGGAGAACGCCAGCGUGACCAACCUCAACAUCGAGUCCAACUUCAUCAGCGGCAAGGGCAUCCUGGCCCUAAUGCAGGCCCUGGCGCGCAACAGCACCCUCACGGAGCUCCGCUUCCACAACCAGAGGCACAUCUGCGGGGGCCAGGUGGAGAUGGAGAUCGUCAAGCUCCUGAGGGAGAACACCACCGUGCUGAAGCUGGGCUACCAGUUCGACCUGCCGGGCCCCAGGAUGAGCAUGACCAGCAUCCUCACCCGCAACCAGGACCGGCAGAGGCAGAGGCGGCUCCAGGAGCAGCGUCUGGCGGGGGGGCCCGACGGGCCCGUCAACCCUCGGACCAGCGCCCUGCAGAGGGGCACGCCUUCCCCGUCCCCCUACGGGUCGCCACGGGGCUCCCCGUGGUCCUCCCCAAAGCUGCCCAGAAACGACCAGGCCCGGAAAAAUGCGCCUCCGGCGCCACCGCCUCCCCCUCCUCCACCGCCGCCACCCCCGCCACCCCCUCCUCCUCUACCUUCCCAGCCCGUCCCGGAGAAGAAGGCGCCGACCCGGAACAUCGCCGAGGUCAUCAGGCAGCAGGAGAGCCGGAAGAACCAGGCGGCCCACCCUAAAUCCAAAACUCGGAAAGGCAAAAAGGGAGCAUCCAAGCAGAAGGAGACCUGCAUCCUGAAGGAACUGAAAAAGGCCCUUAGGCCCAUUUCCGACAAAAGGAUAGAGGACACGUCCCGACCCUCCACGCCCCAGCGAUCUGCCCAUGACGACCUCAUGGCUUCUAUUCGUGGGAGCAGCGUCAGACAGCUCAAACGGGUGGAAGUUCCACAGUAUCUACGGUAACUGGACAGCGAAUCAAAGGCUGGGCGGACGUGGAGAAGACAUUGGCCUGCUGCAACCACAACCAUUCAACGUGAACUGUACUUGAUUUUUCCAGGAAGAUAUCGAACGAUUUGCACUGCGGUUUUGUGUUUAUAUGUCAAUUGCAAAACAAAAAACAAACAAAUAAAA